UAAUUAUUUGAGUAUCUUGACAUGACUAACCUAUAAAGGUUGACAGCUUCAAAUAGUUUUUAUUGACAAAAGUAAAUAAACUGCAUAAGGGCCCCAAGUAGUCCUACGGACUCCGACGAUAUAAUCACGUAGUGAGGAAAUGGACUAUCGAGCCCAGAUAGUUAAAACCGCCUUCUACAGCCGAGCAUUUCUAGUGGUUCUGCAGUAUAUCAGCAAUCAUGCUAUUAGUGACCAUAAAGCUGACGCCUUCAGGUACAUCUCCACGCACAAUAGCACCGAUUUCAGCAUUAUGGAGCAUUUGCUUGGAGGUUUCGUGCGCUGGGAUGCCCAGUAUUUCAUGCAUAUAGCCAAGUUCGGCUACACCUAUGAGAACACCCUGGCCUUCUUCCCCUUGUACCCAGUGGUGGUUGGGUUUCUGGGAGAAUCGGUUGUUGAACUGAUUGGGCAGUGGUACAUUGACUCGGUGCUGAUUUUGAUUUUCAUCAUUGCCAACAUAUACUUGUUCCAAAAAGCUGCCCUGGCGCUGUACGAUCUUACGACAUUUGCGCUAAACAAUUGCGAAAUCGCCUACCAAAGCGCCAGGCUGUUUUGCUUCAAUCCAGCGUCGGUUUUCUUCGUUGCCCCAUACACUGAGACCUUGUUCAGCUACUUAACUUUCCUCGGCAUGCUAAGGGCGCUGCAAUUCUUCAAAAAAUACUCCGAUCCAAACAAAGUGUUUGCCAAAAAAGAUCUGCUAGGUCUGGUGCCGAUUGCGCUGAGCACUGCCACCCGUUCCAAUGGACUGUUGAAUAUCUGCUUCCUGUUAUACACGUUUAUUUGUUGGUAUAAGGUGAGCCGCGAAAUUUGGGUCUGGCAACGUAAGAGCCGUUACUUUACAGCGGCCAAAUUGGUUUGUGUGAUGCUCACAUCCACAAUAUUUUGCCUUCUGCCUUUCCUGUUUUUCCAAAUGUACAGCUACGCUAAGUUUUGUAAAACUUUCCCAGUAGAAUCGUUGCCGGCUGAGGUCUUGCAGCAAGCCAAAGAUAAUGAGUGGAUCUUACCAGGACAGCACGCAAAGUACAACCAGUCAUGGUGCAACAAUUUAGUGCCUUUGGCUUACAACUACGUGCAAAAACACUACUGGAACGUGGGCUUUAUGCAGUACUACGAAUGGAAACAGUGGCCUAACUUUGUUCUGGCUGCGCCCAUGCUGGGCAUUAUCACGUUUUCCUGUCUGAGACACAUCUGGUUGCAUCUAAUUAAAGAGCACAAACUCCAGAUAUUCACUCUGGCGGACACCAAGGAUUAUUACUGCAACAAGAAACGCCACAUGAAUGUAACCGUAUUCUAUGUUCACGCACUUUUCCUGGCUUUGUACUCGAUGUUUUUCGUUCACAUCCAGGUUUCAACCCGACUGAUAGCGGCCGCUUCUCCAGUGUUCUACUGGGUCUGUUCCAGACAAUUCACGCGCUGGAAGGUGCGGGCUUUAAGCCCCCUCGCUGAACGCUGUUUAAUGUUCUAUUUCGCCUUUUAUUUCAUCGUCGGCACCGUAUCGUUUUGCAACUUUUUCCCAUGGACUUAGUUGAUAUAACGGGGAAUUUGCCUUUUCAAUCAGUUCCGUGCUUGUUAAGACUGAAGUACGAGUACAAACUAUUACCUCAUAAGUAUAGUGCUGUAAAAUAAUUGUCAGAUGUGUGAUAGUGUUUCCAAUUCGAAACAUCGAGAUAGUGUUGGUUCCUAUAUAGGGAAUUCAAGUGCGUUCAGAAACACCAGAGCUAAAUGUGUUAAAACAGCCUUUCUACUCAACGCAAUGGGAUGUAAUGUAAUGAAAAUAAACUUGUGUCUGAAA